AUGCCGGGCGCUGAAAGCCACGACAGCGAUCAGUCAGAUCUAGAACUGUUCACCACCGAGGACGCAGUCGACAUUCCACAAGUGUCGCCGUCACUGAAACAUGCCUCUGGAUCUCGGCUAUCGCGUCCUACCGCUUCAGCCUCCUCACCGUUGGGAGAACCCUUCUCACCAGACGUGGCCACACAGCCGAAUCGCAACCGUGCCGCAGAGGAGCAUAGCGAUACGAUGGAAGGAUUAGAGUCAUACAACAUAGGACAUCAACGCCAAAAGGACAAGGGGCCGCAUGACUGGUAUAUCGAGGGGCCGGGUCGAAGAGUUGGCUACGAUGACCUGACCGCCAUCGAUUGGAUCUAUGAGUACACGAAAGAACGCCAGCGGCUGAGAAAGCUGUUUGCUUCUGAUAAUGGAAUAAUAGGGCAUCUGAGGCAAUUGUUCGACGCGAGUCACGUCUGGCUGGUCUUGGUCGCUAGCGGAGUCUCUGUCGGCUGUGUUGCAGCGUUCAUCAACAUUGCUUCAGACUGGCUGGGAGAUAUCAAAACUGGCUACUGCAAAUCGGGCCUCGGCGGUGGACAGUUUUAUCUCAACAAACAAUUCUGCUGUUGGGGACAUGACGACUUCUCUCAAUGUCAAGAUUGGACACCCUGGCCCUCUGCAAUGGGUAUCGGACCUGUUGGUGGCCAGUAUGUGAUCAGCUAUAUCUUCUUUGUCAUAUUCUCAGUUUUGUUUGCAGUUUCAGCAGCUCUUCUGGUGGGACACUACUCCAUUUAUGCUCGACAUAGCGGAAUUCCUGAAAUCAAGACUGUUCUGGGUGGCUUCAUCAUCAGGCGUUUUCUUGGCUUCAGGACUCUGGUCACUAAGUCUUUGGGACUGUGCCUCGCAGUGGCCUCCGGGAUGUGGCUCGGAAAGGAAGGCCCCUUCGUACACCUCGCAUGCUGCUGUGCCAACGUCAUCAUGAAACCUUUCAAAUCAUUGAGUGAGAACGAAGCUCGCAAAAGGGAGGUCCUCUCUGCUGCGGCUGCAUCGGGGAUUUCUGUCGCUUUCGGCUCACCUAUUGGGGGAGUCCUCUUCUCCCUCGAACAGUUGUCCUACUAUUUUCCGGAUAAAACCAUGUGGCAGUCAUUUGUGUGCGCUAUGGUUGCGGCUGUGACUCUCCAGGCCUUGAAUCCAUUCCAUACUGGCAAAAUUGUAUUAUAUCAGGUCACCUAUACGACGGGAUGGUACAGCUUUGAGCUUGUUCCGUUUGUCCUGCUCGGCAUCAUAGGUGGGUUGUACGGUGGUAUGUUCAUCAAGCUGAAUAUGUUGAUUGCACGUCUCCGGAAAUCUUCAAGCUAUCCCCUUCGCGACAAACCAAUCGUCGAAGUUCUGGUCGUUUCGGCACUUUCCGCGGUUAUCAACUACCCCAACACUUUCAUGCGAGCACAGCUGUCUGAACUGGUCUAUUACCUGUUCGCAGAGUGUGCAACUAUAGGCAACAACGAUAUUUUUGGCCUCUGCAGAGCCACGACGGCCGGAACCUUGUCGAUGGCAUGGUUGUUAAUUGCCGGUUCCAUUUUGGGAUUUCUGUUAGCUAGCAUCACAUUCGGUUUACAGAUCCCAGCAGGGAUUAUACUCCCUUCUCUGGCCAUCGGCGCGCUGUAUGGUCGCGCCCUGGGUGUCCUUCUGGAACUUCUUCAGCAGCAUUUCUCCACGUCUCUCGUGUUCGCAGCCUGUGAGCCUGGCGUGCCCUGCGUUAUUCCUGGCACUUACGCCAUUGUUGGGGCAGCUUCAGCCUUAGCAGGCGUGACACGACUCACGGUCUCGAUUGUUGUGAUCAUGUUCGAACUGACUGGCGCCCUUUCCUACGUCUUGCCGAUCAUGAUUGCCGUCAUGCUGGCAAAAUGGAUUGGUGACGCUCUGUCUCCUCGCGGGAUCUACGAGUCUUGGAUUGGCGUCAAUGAAUACCCCUACCUUGAGAGCAACGAAGAUGCGGAUAUACCUCAUAUAUCUGUUGCCGCCAUCAUGACAAGAAUAGAGGAAAUGAAGUGCUUGGACGCCAAUCGGCUUCAUACAGUGGAAGACCUGGAGAAUGUUCUACGGUCGACCACUUACCGUGGGUUCCCCGUGGUGGCUUUCAAGGAGACCAGUGGCGAUGUGGUGGCCGAUGCGCCUAUCAGCCCGCAUUUCCUGCGUGACAACACUCUUCUGGGAUAUAUAUCCCGGGUUGAACUCUCCUUUGCGUUGGAACAGGUCACUACCAAACCCGCCCAUCAUGUGCCUGGUCCUGGUCUGCAAUACGUCGGACCUGAUACGCCUUGCUAUUUCACCUACCGUCCAGACCUGGGCUCUUCCCAAGGCCUAGACUUGCGACCUUGGAUGGACCAGACACCAAUCACUUUGAACGCCAACAGUUCACUGCAACUGGCAGUUCACAUGUUUCAGAAGCUUGGCCUGCGCUACCUUCUCCUUGUUGAGCGUGGAGCAUUCCGAGGUAUUCUCACCAAGAAGGAUGUUUGUUGGGUUCUGUCAGCAGCCGCUGGAGGCGAAAAGGUUGGAUCUUUCAUUGCUGGUGCUGAAGUCCUUCGUGACCUGAGCACCGGCGAUGAAAUUGAUGAGGCCAGAGGACUCCUCCAAAGAGAAUCAGAAGCGCUCGCUCAACCCGGAAACUCGGGGUAA